AAUAAAUCGACAAUCGACAUACAGAUUUUAAUCGAUAUUUUUCGAUAACCUUUUUAUUAUUUCAUAAGGAGUGUAUAUUGAACAAAAUACUACUUGUUUGUUAUUAAUAUUUGUAAAACAAAUACAAAAUAACAAGAUAGUCACAUCGUUUUAAAAAUUUUUCAAUAAAAUGGCAUUUGAUCAAUCUUAAAUUGUCACAAUAUAUAAAAUCAUUUCUUAACAUUUUCUUAACAUUAUAUAAAAGAGGUUAGGCUUUAUGCCGAUAUUAUAAUGGCAAUAGAAUUUUUAGUAAAUCGAUUGAAAGCACUCGUCGUAUUUCUUUUGGGAGUAUUUCGGCGAGCAAUGUGCUGUUUUCGACGUCGAAGAAGAUCAUCCUGUGAUUCUAUUCCUUUAUCUGCUAUUGGCGUAGUACCGAACACCUUGAACACAACACAACCAGAAUUAGAGCACUGGGAUCAAUGGGAGGAAAAUCCUGUCGUGAUCGUGCCAGAUAGGCCAGUUGACACAAUACAAGCAAAGAUUGAACAAUAUAGACAGCAAGCAUCUAAACCACCAGAAUCUACAGAAGAGCAACAACCAGAUUUUUUUGAGAAUAUGACACCAAAGAUCACUGCACAGACAAAAAUUUUAAUUAAAGAUAAAAGCUUAGAGAACACAUCCUGGAAUUCAACAAAAUUUGCUGUGAUCAAUGAUCCUAUACCAUCUAAUGAAUUAGGAGAAUGGGAAGACAAUGCUGUUGGCUGGGAGGAAGAAACAACAAAAGAAUUUGGAGAUCCCACAAAAACAUUGAGGGAACAAAAACGAAGAGAAAGAGAACAGCGACUGUUUGAACAGCAACAAAAGAGAAUCGAACGCAGUUCAAGACCACAACCAUUAGGAGCAAAAUUAAACUCUUGAUGAGAAGGAAGAAUAGUUGCAAAAAUUUAUAUUGAAAAUGAUAAUUUUUCAUUUAAUGAUGUUCAUGCACAAAUAUUCUUUUCUCUAUUGCAUGGAACGUCGAUUAAAAAUAAGAAAAAUCAAAGAUUAUUUAUACAUUAGAAAUUAUUAUCUUAUGUUUUUUAAAAUUAGUCAAAUCUUAUUCUAUAUGGGAAAGCAUAUCGCGAAAAUAUUUUGUUUCAAACAUAAAAAUUUAUAUUUUAUAAGCUUACUAAUAUUGAUACAUGUAGUGAAAUUAAUUUCUUAAUUCAAAUUAUU